ACUAUCGUGGCGGGGGCUUCAAGUAGCAAUGGCAAAGGGGGCCGACAGGCCGCCCCAGUUGACGUGGGGUCUCCCCUACUCGACUGGGAGGAGGCUGACCAUUUCAGUUUUGAGGAUUCUGAGAGAUUCGAAGAAGAUUCCUUAUGCAGCUGGAGUUCAGAGCCUGAGAGUCUUUGCAACAACUGGCGAGGUUGGAGAAGGCCAAACCUUCAGAACUCAUUUGGAACCCGAUCGACAAAAAAGAACAUUCAAGAAAAGACAGUUUCAACACUAAGUGAACUUGCAGCAAAAUGCGUAGCAUCUCACAUACCAUUUGAAUUAGUUGAACAUGUCUAUCCACCGGUACCGGAGCAACUUCAACUCCAGAUUGCAUUCUGGAGUUUCCCUGACAGUGAAGACGACAUCAGGUUGUACUCCUGCCUUGCAAAUGGCUCAUCUGAUGAGUUCCAGAAAGGGGAACAUUUGUUCAGAGACAGAGCAGUCAAAGAUGUCUUACAAAUUGGUUUCCACUUAUCUGCAACAGUAGUUGUCCUAAGUAUGCCUCGGGCGCAGUUCAAUGUGGCUGUAACCUUUGACAGACAAAGAAUAUCAUCCUGCAACUGCACUUGCUCCUCAACAGCUCAUUGGUGUUCCCACAUUGUUGCUGUCUGCCUUUACAGAAUACACCUUCCAACUCAAGUGUGCUUGAGAGCACCAGUGUCGGAAUCAUUGCAGCGGUUACGAAGAGAUCAGCUUCAGAAGUUUGCGCAAUAUUUAAUAUCAGAGUUGCCGCGGCAAGUUUUGCCGACGGCUCAACGUAUUUUGGACGAACUUCUGUCUGCGCAGCCGAACACAAUAAACACGACAUGCGGUGCACCCGAUCCUACAGCCGGGGCUUCGGCUUACGAGUACACAUCCUGGUUCCUUGACGAGAAGACGUUACAUAACAAUAUUAACAAGAUUUUAGUCAAGUUCUGUGUUCCAACGCCUAUAGUAUUUAGCGAUGUCAACUAUCUAAGUACAAGCGCGCCUCCCGCUGCGGCAGAAUGGUCGUCGUUGCUGAGGCCACUGCGAGGCAGGGAGCCGGAAGGCAUGUGGAACUUACUCUCUAUAGUCAGAGAGAUGUUCAAGAGAAAUGACAGAAAUGCUAUACCUCUUCUGGAAAUUAUUACUGAAGAAGUUAUGGCCUGUGAACAGAUCAUAGUAUGGUGGUACACAACUAAAGCUGCUUUAGUAGCAUGGGGCAACAACGGAGGUGGCGGCAAGCAUGGCGGCGGUGGUGGGAAUUCUGCCGCUCAACAUGCCUGCUCAUCACUGUGUGACGAGGUGGUUGUAUUGUGGCGUUUGGCUGCUUUAAACCCAGCUUUAGCACCUCACGAACGUGACACACUACACGAACAAUUUGCACAAUGGCACAUGAAAGUGCUUGAUAAGGUGGCGAAGAGUCGUAAUACUCAUAUACCAGCAAGUUCGUCGUCACACAGUCGUCACUCGUCACGUUCUCACUCACAUUCUCCUUACAUCAAUGGCAUAAGUGAGAACGAAGUGUUUCCCGGCUUUCACCCAGCAAUGGAAGCUUGCUUCUUAGAGUGGGACGACUAUCAGAUACCGGGCGUCACAUAUACUAAAGACUUGAACCCCCUUUACCAUAGCCCUUUCACUAUCUUCAGACAUGCGGACAAGCAGAAUGAUAGUGUGCAUCAGGUAAAUUCGUCUAAAGCAGUGUUGAAUAACGAGAUGACACUAAGUUAUAGACUUACGAAUCCUGAUCCCUCUCUGCACGGCCAUCGUACUACUGUUCUUAGAAAUAGUCAUAUUGCAGUUGACUUAGCGAUUCCUGGCCCAUCAAGUCAGCCUUGUGGAUCUGAGGAAGGACCUAGUGAUCCACCACGCGACUCUGGACCCAGCGAUGGCAACCACUCUAGUGUGUCGUCUGAAGGUUUCUGUGAGAACGAAGAGGAAAUCCUACAGCAGAGUGGUGGUGACACAGACUCUCAGGAGUCAAGUUCUCCCCCCAUAUCGUCCGAUGACGCUCAACGUCGCGUUUCUAACGAUGAGUCAGUGUCCGAUGAUGACUGUAACUUGUACUUCUACGACACUGCUGCUGCCAGGAGGGCAGUUGCCGACGAGGGAACUAGCUCAGGAACCGUUGUUUCGGUGGGUGCGAGCAGUUCUUGCGGCAUGGGCUGGGCGUGCGGGUGGGAGGGGUCAUUCGCCCGCGCCGAGGGCCUGCACGCGCACGGGCACGCGCGCGAUGCCUGCGCCCUGGGCGCGCGCCUGGCGCGGGAGCUGCUGGCGCGGCCGCCGGCGCUGGGCGGCGCCAACAUGCUGCCGUCGCUGGACCCGAAGAAGCCGCGGCGGCGCCACACGCCGAGCCCUCGCCUGUGCGCCGCCAGCCACCGCCUGUCGUGCCUGGCCUCGGCCACUCUGGCCAAGUGCGCCUUCCUCUGCACGGUAUUAGCAGAAUUCAGCGAACACCACGAACUUGCCUUCCGGGUAGGUCUGUUUGCACUUGAAAUGGCUCGACCUCCGGCGAGUACAAAGGCUUUGGAAGUAAAACUAAAUAACCAAGAAACGGAGUUGGUGUCUCUACUGAAGAAACUUCCCACUGGCGCCGAACAAUUGGCUUUAGCUCGAGAGAAAGCCGAGCAACUGCGCGACGGUACGCUAAGAUCAUUGAAAUUUCGUAGGAACCGCGGACCAGCACUGCUGCCAAUAGCGUUAGCGAGCUUCCUAUUCGAUGUGUUGGUUUUAUCUGCUACUGAUAAAGAGAAUAAACAUCCUGCCAGGUCGCCAAAUGAUGAAACACUAGGCUUCGAAGCUGCUGUUGCAGCUUUAGGCCUAAAAGCCAAUGUAUCCGAAGCAGAUCAUCCUCUACUAUGUGAGGGAACGAGAAGACAGCGUGGAGAGUUGUCUUUGACGCUUUUGUCUUUCUACAAAGAUGAUCCUGUCAAACUUGCUAGGAUUAUGAACAAAUUGCUGGACCGCGAGAUCCACCAGUUGACGAAGAGUCCGAUGGUGAGCCUGUACUACAUGAACAACCCGCGCCUGGCCGCCUACCGCGCGGACGUCGCGCCGCACCCCGCCUUCGCACCGCUCCCAGCGCACGCGCCCAAUACUCUGCCACCUCAGGCGGUGUGCCUGAGCGCGGAGUUGGAGCGGCUGGUGGUGACGGAGGACGGGACGUCGCCUCCCGCGCACUCGUCGCUCGCGUCCCAUGCGUCUCAUGCGUCCCAUGCGUCGCACGCGUCUCACGCGUCGCACGCGUCUCAUGCGUCGCACGUGUCACAUGCGUCUCACGCGUCACACGUGUCACACGUGUCGCAUGCGUCUCACGCGUCGCACGUGUCGCACGCGUCCCACGCGUCCCACGUGUCGCAUGCGUCGCACGCCUCGCACGCGUCCCACGCGUCGCAUGCGUCCCACGCGUCGCACGCAUCGCACGCGUCUCAUACGCCGCAUCCUGUGCCCCACGCUUCUUCCACGCACACGCCUAUCUCCAGGGCCAAGGAUUCCAGAUAUAAAGGCAAGCGCCAGUACCCUUCGGUGCCCAACCAGCCAUCCGAAGCAUCCGCGCACUUUAUGUUCGAGUUGGCUAAGUCCGUACUGUUCAAAGCUGGUGGGUCAUCCAGCACUAGUCUGUUCACACAACCCUCGUGUGCGAGGGAGCACCAUGGACCUCACAGAGGUUUACACAUGGCCGCUUUUCAGUUGGGGCUGUACGCCCUCGGCCUACAUAACUGUGUGAGUGCGAACUGGCUCAGUCGCACUUAUUCAUCUCACGUUAGUUGGAUUACAGGUCAAGCGAUGGAUAUUGGCGCACCUGCUAUUUUAUUCCUGAUUGACGCAUGGGAAGGACAUUUAACCCCGCCUGAAGCUGCUAGUAUCGCUGAUAAAGCGUCUUCAGGCCGCGACGUGCCUACAGUCCGCGCGGCGGCAGAGCUGGCCCUGUCGGUGCUGCCUCACGCGCAUGCGCUCAACUACAACGAGAUACAGCGCGCCGUAUUGCAAUGCAAGGAACAAAGCGAUUCCAUGCUCGAGAGGGCUUGUCUUACUGUUGAAGCUGCCGCUAAAGGCGGUGGCGUGUAUCCCGAGGUAUUGUAUACAGUGGCCCGCUACUGGCACGAGCUCUAUCUCCGACAGGCCAACGAGGAGACCGAGCCAUUACUCGACGAGCCACAGUACCGCGCCCAGCCACCGCCCCUCGCCGUACCAGUACCCUAUCCCAUUCCCUACCCAUUCACGUACCAUCCAUACCCGCCUACCAUUUACCAGCUUCCGUACGCAGGCACAGGUCCUCCACAUCCUCCGCCGCAGUACGCGUUGCCGCCGUACUUUGUCCGUGGUAUAGUUGCGCCGGCCGCCGCGCCCGCGCUCGCGCAGCACCCGCAGCACCAGCAGCACGCGACGCUCCCGCAACACGCGCAGCUCCCGCAGCACGCGCAGCAUCAACCGCUACAGCAGCACGCGCAGCACGCGCCGCUACAGCAACACCCCCCGCACCAAGCGCUGCAGCAACACCAGCCGCUGCAGGCACACCAACCACUGCAACCACACCAGCCGCUGCAACAACAUCAACCGUUACAGCAACACCCGCCACUACAGACACUAUCGCAACCGCUGCAACAACACCCACAGCCGUUGCAGCAACAUCCACAGCCGUUGCAACAGCUUCCACAGACGUUGCAGCAACACCCACAGCCGCUGCAGCAACACCCGCAACCGCUGCAGCAACACCCGCAACCGCUGCAGCAGCAUCCGCAACCGAUACCACAUCCACAACCGAUGCAACACCAGCCGAUGCAGCAUCCGGCCCUCGCCCAGCACCCACCGAUGGCGCAACAUGUUACACAUGCCACACAGAUACCACAAACUAUAACUGUCAACGCUACUGUUCAUCAAGUCCACCCAGCACCAAUCCCGCCGCCGCUACCAGGCCCGCAGCAGAUGGUGCCAGUGGCGGGUGUGUCGGGCAGCGCAGUGAGCGUGGCCAGUGUGGGUGGUGUAGGCGGCGUGGGCGGCGUGGGCGGCGUGGGCGGCGUGGCGGGCGUGAGCGCGGCCGCGCAGGCCGGCGCGCAGCCCGCCGCGCCCAACGUCAACCAGACGCAGCUGCGGCGGCUGCUCGCUGCCUACCGCGUCGGAAUGUUGGCGUUGGAGACGCAAGCACGGCGCGUACAUGAUGAUCGUCCACAAAAUAAGUUUGGCAGGAACCCGCCGUACGGCGAGCACGUGAAGUGGUUGCUGCGUAUAUCGAAGCGUCUGGGCGCGCAGUACCUGCACCAGUUCUGCGUGUGCGCGGUGAACUCGGUGGUGUCGCCCUUCGUGCUGUACGAGCUGUGCGUGGAGUCGGCGCACUGGCUGGCGCGCGGCGGCCCGCACCACCUCGUCAUGCAGCACCUGCGCGGCACGCUCGCGCCGCUCGUGCAGAAGUGCCAGCAAAUGUACAUUCAAUGCAUCCAUCAAAAGCUAUACCACCUAACUACAGUGGAAUAUGAAGAGUUCGUGAGCAUCGUAUUGUCGGCCCGCACCGCCUUCCAGCUCACGCCUGAAGGAAACACUCAGUUCAAGGAGUGGCUCGCUUCACUGCGCAGGUCAAAAUCGUGCAAGAAAGAUCUGUGGACGCAGCUGAACGCAGCUCUGCAGACAAAUGGCAAAUGACGUCGGCAGCCGAUAGUUUGUAGAGUGCGGUGUACCGCGCGCAAACUGUCACAACACAGGCGAUGGCCGCGUUAUCGGCUCGUAUACCAUCUACAGAAUAAUAUUUAACUAUAUUAUAUAUUGUGUUAUUUGUAAUUUGAGUUCUUGUUUACUACGAAAAUGAUUCUAUCAGUACUGAAUGAUUGAUGUAUUGUUAAUACACUUUACACGAUUGAGAGGUUAUAAUAUACUUUAAGCUAGUAACUAGUAAUUGGGACUUGAAAUAUUUCUAAUCGUUGAUGAAAAUUAUAAGUGAUGUGAAAAUACUUAUAAUAAAUCUGAAAUAGUAAUUCGUAAAUAUAAUCGGGACAUGAAAAUCAAAAGAUGUCGUGCAUGUAAACUUAAAUUACAAAUAAUAUAAUUCCGACUUGAGAAGAUAUAACCUCUGUUAGUAAUAGUAACACUCGACUUUGAGGGUAAUCGAUCUCAGUGUAAACACAUACGGAAAGUAUCGGUGAUCACAUGAAAUGUUGCUAACUCCUAAUAUAUGUUCAGCAUUUUUGCACAUUCAUACAUUUCUUUGUAUAAUCGUUUCAAGGCAUUCAUGAAACCGUUUUUGUGUCAGAGAACAGAAUGAACAUUCAUAAUCAUAACUUCAUUGUUAUUUGAAUUCACGUUACUAACAUGAGAGAAACAUUCAAGCUCAUUUGAAGGUUGUGCUUAAAUAGUCUGAGAUUUGGUUGUUAUCGGAGUUUAUUGUAAGAGGAGUUCAUGUUUGCACCAUUGCUACUUGGGGAGUUUAGCAACAUUUAACUUGUUUUUCUUAGAUUGUGCAGUGUGACUUCUUAUAAAUGAUGUUAACCACUUCCAUCUUCUAAAUUGCUUAUUUUGUAAGACUGCACAAAAUCACCUUGAAUUCCCUUUUGUUUUUCCGUGGAUUUUUAAUAAUCUUGACACACUUGAACUAGUCAGUGGUUUUGAAGAUCCGUAUUUGGUGACCCAAUGGAACUUCUCAACUGUAGCUCAUUUAGUUUUCUUUUUUUCUUUGAUUAGCUUAAUGUAAGACAUAAGUUGGAUUUUAAUGUCUUUUUACGUAUGAGGUUUUAGAACCUUUUGACUGCAUUCGCGUAAAAGGUAUUAAAUGAUAACGAAAUCAUGGAGAAUGUUAAUCAGGAUCGGAACUUAUAUCCAAUAUUGGAGUUUUAAGUCGACAUGUUUCAGUUGUGGUUAGCAUUUUGCUGCUUUUAGUUAAUUCUAAUUGCUAGGUGGGCAUCUGAUGAUAUAAGAAGAAUUAACUAUGUUUAGAGAAAUAAUAAUGAAUUGCGAUGCUUAUUUUCAUGCUAACCUUCUAUAGAAGCCAUUAGUGGUAGAGCUAAUUCAGCAGUUAGUUUAAUAUGCAUAAGUGUAAAGGAAUUCAAAUUAUAUAACAGGACUUGAUCAAAUAAAUGGUGUGGACAUUUAAAAAGUCAUAAGACGUAGAAAUUUGGGCGUUAAUUACUUAAUGAAAUCAGUGUCCACUUAGCGGUUUUGUCGUGAAGAUCUCUAUCAUUUUGUAAGCUAUUAGAAAAUAGUACGUCACUCAUUUAUUGUAUGCGUUUCAUCUUUUUUUUAGUGUAAUGCGAGUUUUCAUUAUGUCAUUUGGAAGAUUAGGAUCGCGAUGCGCUAUUAUUAUUUAUACUUUUUGUUUUAUUUUUAGCAGGAAUUGUGCUAAUUGAUUUUUGGUUGGGUUAACGUCAAGUACGCAACGUUACAUUCGCCAAUACUGACUGCUAUAACUUAUAAACGACUACAAGAUAUAUUAUAUGUUUAUUAAAUCAAGACUUUUAAUUGUAGUUGAUUUAUAAGUUAUUUUUGUGAAUGUAACUUAAGUAUUGCGACGAAAAUACGGAAAUUCAAAAUUGUAACCAUAGUCCAUAUAACAUGAAUUGGCUUAAGAUGUUUCAAGUGACCUAAAUAGCGUCAUUAGACUACAGAUUAUUAGACAGAAUGUAGGCGAUGACCGUCGAUACACUAUUUUUGAUAUUCUCUUGUCGAAAUUUGCAGUUUCAUGAUGUUUAAUGUAAUAACGUCUCGCGGAGAUAUGUAGACGUGCGUUCUAUUAACUAUAGUGACUUUAUUUACACGUUUUUAUUAUAAUACAUAUUAUAUAUAAAAUAUAUGGUAAUGCGUAGUAGCGUUGAGAGCCUCUGAAAUAUAUUUAAAUAAUAAUGUGUAUGAAGCAUGUGCUGGCAACAAAUUAAUACCGCAACAAUAUCUUGUCGAAGAUAAUGAAGAUGAUAAAAUUGUUCAAAUUUUUUCAUCUGCUAAAUAACAAUUGUUAGCUUCAACAUCUUCGCUUUAACUACAUUCGAGAGGGUUAAAGUUACUGAAUUUAACACAAUUGACACGCUGAACAUAAGAAUUUUAUAGAAUAAGUCAGACGGUAAUAUAUUGUGUAUAUUAUAUUAAACGUAAAGUGCUAGAAAGUCUCCUAACAUGAAAGCAAUACUGAAAUAUCAUUUUAUAAUAAAUAUUACGAGAUUUAGAAAUAUGUAUGUCUAUUCGCAAGGUUAAUAUUGUAAUUGAUGUGGUACAUUAAGUAUAAAUGAAAGUUGUGCAUGUUUAGUAAAAACGAUUAACUUGCCGAUAGUUUGCGUGUUCGUGUCUUUUUGAAUAUCGUUAUACGCUAGUAUAAAUUGCUCAAUCAAGUAAACAAGUGAAUGUUCAGAGAGUAAACCGUAUCAGCGGGCUUUGGUUGUGCUCUACUUCAAAGAUACGGGAAAUAUUAAUUAAGAGGUCGGAGUCGAACCGUCGAACAGCUGUCGCUGCCUUUUAAAAGUUUGCAAUACAAUUUGUUUGGACACUCAAUGAUAAAUACAUAGAUACAUAAAUGAGACAUUUGAACAAUCAGCUUGAGCAAAUUAGUACUAUUUGCCCCGGAAUGGACAUGUAUCAUGAUGUAAUAUUAUCUAAAGUACGAUCUCUUUUCUUGCAAACUUCAAAGAGGUUUAUGAACUCCUGUGCAUAUUCUAGAUUGAAGGAAAGUCUGACUAUGGAAUGAAAUUUGUUGCCAGCCUAAGCAUCAAGUAGUUUUAGUUCAAUAUCUUUAUAAAAUUAGAUGUUUAUGUGCAUUCAUUAAGUGUGAAUGUUUCAGCAUUCAGUAGAUAGUAAAUUUUAGAAUGCUAGUUAGUUUAAAUUGAAGGACGUUACAAUCAGAUCAAAGUUAAGGUUUACUAUUUUAAGUGACUUCAAAAAAUAUGUUCAGAAUUUUAAUCAGGAAAAUGGUUGUAUGGUAUUUCCUAAAUAGACUAUUUGAUUGUUCGAUAUUCAUAUUCAGAACUAUCCUCUGCACAAAAGUUUUGCUGUUACCAACUCGUUAAUAAUGCACUUUGAGUUUUCGUUUUUUUGCGUGUUUGUUAGGGAAUAGCAUUUCGUAGCGUUUUUUUUGAUUAGGUUUAUGUUAGGUACGUAUAUAGAUUAUAAGGAAUAUACUGUAAAGAUACGAAUGCUUUAACAUCAUUAAAGAAAAGUGGUUUCAAAGCAGUCUUCUUUUUAUCAGAAAGUAAAUUGCAUGAUUAUGUUAUUGGACGAGUAUCUUUGCAGUAUCUCUCUCUAUCGCGUCCAAUUUUGUCUACUCAAUUCACAUUAUUUUAUUAAAUUUUAUUUAUUUUUACUACCUCGUUAAUCAGACUUAAAAAUUAGAAAGAGUUUAUCCUACGUCAUUAGGUUAUAAAACGUGCAUGUGGACUUCUCAGUAGAUUGCAGAAUCAAUGUUUUAUUUCCUUCUACUUCUGACUAUUUCUAACUUUCUUUCUACAUAUUUCUUGCUAUUUCCAUAAUAAAAAUACAGUUAAAAAUAUAUCUUUAUAAAAUCUUGAUGUGUUUAAUUUUCACAUCACGUAAUACUGUUCUUUCAACACAUACACAGGAUUAAUGAAGUAGGUAACUUUUGGGGAGACAUUAAUGGUCAUUAUUUGCCGUCCAUAUUUUUUUUGCAGAACUAUACUUUUUUCAAGUUAGUUGAAGCAUAUUAAUUUGAGUUUUAAUUUUUCAAGUUAAUUUAAGUUGAAGCACAUUUCAAUACCAAUACGCUCGUCGGGCAUUAUUAACAUUUUCUGGUAUAAUUUAGUUUACUAUUUUGUUUUUCGCAAUGGUCUUUAAAGCGCUUCGACAUUUUUGUCUAUAAAACUAUUUUUACACGAUAAAGCGUAUUUAAAUUGACAAAAAAAGAUUAAAUAUAUCGUUAGUUUCGUAAAUAUAGAAUGUUAGUACGGAGCAUAUUUUAAUUAGUCGUUUAAUGCAUGUUCAUAUAGAUUUAAUUCGCCCAGAGUCAGGCAAGUGUGCGAGGUGUUCCAUAGGUGUUGCGGUAUCCCAUUGAUUUGCAGUUAUCGGUAUCACAUAUCAGAUCGACUUCUUGUCGGGAGAUUAUUCAAACAAGCAUAAUUUAAUGACAAUCACAAUUAAUUAAAUUAUUAUAUUUCUAGCGUUGAAUGUUGAAUUUACUUAUUAAGUCAGUGGCAUAAUGGAAUGUGGAUUAGACAUACAUUACAAUAAUUGUAAAAUAAAUUGAUGCGCAAGUAUGCGAUACUUGUAUUAUUUAAUUAUUAAUCAGACUAUGAAGAAGUAAAACCGAGUACAUAAUUAUAUUUAUAAAUAUUAUACUCUUAUUUAGUUACAUAUGCAUACAAUAAAACCGUAUGUCUUUUCCACAAUGAUUGGUCUACAUUAUUAGAGUGGUAGGGCACAGCUAUUGAACAUAUUAGUUAGUUCAGGAUCGUGGGCAAUAUGGGUCAUUAGCUGCAACAGUUGUACUGAGUUUUGUUCUUUAAUACUCAUGGCAAUGUAUGCAUGUCGAACUACGUCACAUCACAAGUCAGUUUAGAAUUAUUGAGGAUAUCAGUCUAGCAAGUUUGUUUAGUUCUACAUCGAAGAUGCAUAAUUAUUUUAUACAUCUGGAUUUGUAGUUUAAUUAUAUUGCACUUUGUAAGUGUGGUGUCUCCGCCUAUUAAAGUAUUUAACCAUUUACAGAGUUCGAAUGGCUACUUAUUAGUGUACGUAAUAAAUUUAUAUAAUGAUGAUAUUUUAUUGUGCAUAAAGUAUAUUUGAAAGUGUAGUUGCAAAACAAAGAUGUCCAGUUUGCCAUUAUCGGGUUGAAAGUACUUACUCAAAUAAUUUUAAUUAUUACGCAGUUGGAAGUUAUAUUCGAUAUUGCGUUUAUAAUUUGCAGUGGCAUGUGACGCGCAUAAUAAGAAUAUAAUAAAGUCGUACGUAGCAAUUUGGGAAUGACAUUUAUUGUUUUGUGUACACUUUUCAAGUCUUAUACUACGAGCAACAGUGUAGAGCGUCCAGCUCUCAAGAUAAUAAUAUCCUUGUUAAAUAUUGUUCAACUCAUAUACAUUAUAGCAUUCUUUGCGUAAAUCUCAAACGAACUGUUUAUUUUUUUGUGCCACGAUCGUUUCAAAAACUGUCCGCCAUGUUUACCUGCAGGACGAAAGACUGACAAGAACAUUGAAAUAGUCGAAAGUGGAGACUUUAAGAUAAACCAGGAUGUCUGGGAAUGAUACUAUUAUAGCGUACGUUUUAUCAGGUUAAUAUUUUCCUUAGACAUUUUUUUGUGAGCGAAUUGUUUUCAGACAUCCUGUAUAAUUAUAGAAAGUGCCCAUACAUAUAGUAUUUAUUAAAUAUAGCACUAGACAUUUUGCUCCGUUGUCGCAAAUGGUUGUAAUUAUAAAGAUAUAGUUAAUAUUAAUUAGUAAAAUGAUAGACUGUUUUGCACGACUUCUGGUUUGACCGUGUCAACUCUUCUUCCUCACGUUGUCUCUUUACAUGCAAACAACUACCUGAACACUUUGUGAUGACAAGUCUUUCUCUGAAGUUUGUCGGUUGCAUGUCAACCUACAACGUUUUCAAUUUUCGGUACAUUAAACCUACUUGCAUCCCACAUAAAAAUGUGUUUCAACUCAAUCUCGAAAUAUUUUGACCUCUUAACGUUUUAUUAUUACUUUUACGAUUACACUAAGUCUUUUUUGGCAACAUAUUUGAAGUAAUAUUAUUUAAUUAUUCAAUAUACUUAUCUAUAUUAAGA